ACGGAACUGCCGGUCCGCCGCCACAACCACUACGCUAGGCGACCGCCGGGCGGCCGGCAGGGCUGUUGCCGCCGUCGCCUCGCGCGCGUGCGCACGGCGCGCCGCCAGUCCGUAGCGACGAACCCCUCGCUUCCUCUCCCUGCCUGCAUCCCUUCUGUGUUCUGUCACUCUGAUUUUGUAAGCAACAGGCACGGUUCUUCUCACUGUCCAGCAGGCUGCACUAUUGCAGAAGCAUACUUCGGCACCUAAAGUGUGUUAGUCAUAGAUAUGGAUAUUGUUGACCAUAAAAAAGAACCUAUCAACAAGAGCCCGGAGGUCAUGUCGUCGGAAGAGACUACAAACUCAGCAAGUCCUAUACAGCCUUCAGAUGUGCAGAUAGGAAUAACCAAUUCACGUCAUAGCAAACCAAGAAGAGCAAAUACAAAUAUUACACCACAAGAUUAUAUUUGCACAUUGGAUGAAAUUUCCAUUAUUAAUUCAAUCAUGUCCUUACCUGAAAAAACUAUGUUAGUGCACAUCAAUGAUGCAUUAUUAUCAAAUGCGGAGAUGAGGUGCCUUACGCAUGAUAAAGUGUUUUUGCGCGAUAAUGUAAUAAAUGCAUACAUAUACUGUAUAAGUGCCCAGGACCAUCUGCAAGAUAGAGCGGGUGGAAAUGUACAUAUUGCAAGCACGUUUGAGUCUUCCCUGCUAAAGAAAGAUGAGAUAGACCCGGCAACACAUCGCCACAUUGUAAAACAAUGAAUACUUUUUUGGCGCAUGACAUGGUAUUCCUUCCAGUUAACAUCGAAAAAUGCCAUUGGUAUCUAUCAGUAAUCAAUGCGAAGAAACGAGAGAUACAGGUACUGGACUCGCUUGGAGUUGGAAUGAGCCGAAGUGACCUCACUAACAUGUUACAAGGACUUGACCAGCAUCUAAAAAUCGCAUGCGAGAUGCCGGAGUUUAAGAGAGGUGAUAGGUGGCAAGACCUCGAUGUUACGGAUUGGAAAGUCGUGGAACAGCUCAAAGAGCCAAUGCAAACAGAUGGCACGUCAUGUGGAUUGUUUAUGUUAAACUUUAUGGAGUAUUGGACAGGAGAUAUUUUGUCUGAUCAGUUCAUUCAGGAGGACAUGAAAGAAUUUCGACGAAAAUUAGCUGUCAUACUGUUGGAAACAGAACUUAAUAUGUUAAAAGGAAGUCCAAUAUAUUAUCAGCCUGACAAUGAAGAAAAUGUAUCUGAUUCUGAUGUUGAGUUUCUGGAGGAUCGAAAGCGUAAGCGGCAAGAUUCACCCGAUGGAGCCAAAGACAAAAGCCCCCUUCCGAACCCUAUCAUCGCCGCGGACCCGCAAGAUUUAGUUGACGAACUAUGCAACCACAUCAUGUUAAUUAAUGAUGCUGAUUCCCUGGAGUAA